CCUCUCUCUCCACCUCCCCAGUCCUUCACAUAUUCCUUUUCUCUCUCUCUUUUUCUCCCCGGAAACCCCCCGUCUCUCCCCACGCCUCCCCUGGUGCUUAACCGGAAACAGAAGUGAGUUUGUUGUGUGAAGAAGAGGACCUGUGGAAGUAGCAGCCAGGGAGGCAGCAGCGGAAGCAGGCUGGGGCCAGAGGCAGCAUCGACAGCCAGGGACCCCAGCGUUCAGCUGUUCCAGGGAGCAGGGUCCCCAGCUGCUGAGCAGCUCCAGGACAUCCUGGGGGAGGAAGAUGAGGCUCCCAACCCCACCCUCUUCACAGAGAUGGACACUCUGCAGCAUGACGGAGAUCAGAUGGAGUGGAAGGAGUCAGCCAGGUGGAUAAAGUUUGAAGAAAAGGUAGAGGAAGGCGGUGAACGCUGGAGCAAGCCCCACGUGUCCACACUGUCCCUGCACAGCCUCUUCGAGCUCCGUACCUGCCUGCAGACGGGGACGGUGCUGCUGGAUUUGGACAGCAGCUCCUUACCACAGAUCAUAGAUGAUGUCAGUUGAGAAGCAGAUUGAGGAUGGUCUCCUGCGACCAGAGCUCCGGGAGAGGGUCAGUUACGUCCUCCUGAGGAGGCACCGUCACCAAACCAAGAAGCCCAUCCACCGCUCUUUAGUCGACAUUGGGAAGUCAGUCUCCACUACAAAUCGCAGUCCUGCCCGGAGCCCUGGUGCUGGCCCGAGUCUACACCACUCCACAGAGGACCUGCGGAUGCGGCAGAGUGCAAAUUACGGACGUCUGUGUCAUGCCCAGAGCAGAAGCAUGAAUGACAUUUCUCUCACCCCAAACACAGACCAGCGGAAAAACAAAUUCAUGAAGAAGAUCCCCAAGGACUCAGAAGCCUCCAACGUGCUCGUGGGCGAGGUGGACUUCCUAGACCAGCCAUUCAUCGCGUUCGUGCGCCUCAUCCAGUCGGCCAUGCUGGGAGGAGUGACCGAGGUGCCUGUCCCCACCAGAUUUCUGUUUAUACUGCUGGGACCUUCUGGGAGAGCAAAAUCCUACAAUGAAAUUGGCCGUGCCAUUGCAACCCUCAUGGUAGAUGAUCUCUUCAGCGAUGUGGCCUACAAAGCCCGCAAUCGGGAAGAUCUGAUUGCAGGAAUUGAUGAAUUUCUGGAUGAGGUCAUUGUCCUUCCCCCUGGAGAAUGGGACCCAAAUAUCCGAAUUGAGCCCCCCAAGAAGGUACCCUCUGCUGACAAGAGGAAAUCUGUGUUCUCCCUAGCAGAGCUGGGCCAGAUGAAUGGCUCUGUGGGAGGAGGCGGCGGAGCUGCUGGAGGAGGCAAUGGAGGUGGUGGUGGUGGUGGUGGCAGUGGCGGCGGGGCUGGCGGUGGCGGGGCCGGUGGAACGAGCAGCGGGGAUGAUGGAGAGAUGCCAGCCAUGCACGAAAUCGGGGAGGAACUUAUCUGGACGGGAAGGUUCUUCGGUGGACUGUGUCUGGAUAUCAAGAGGAAGUUGCCCUGGUUCCCAAGUGACUUCUAUGAUGGCUUCCACAUUCAGUCCAUCUCUGCCAUCCUAUUCAUCUACCUCGGCUGUAUCACCAACGCGAUCACCUUUGGUGGGCUUCUGGGGGAUGCCACCGACAAUUAUCAGGGAGUGAUGGAGAGCUUCCUGGGCACUGCCAUGGCUGGCUCCUUGUUCUGCCUCUUCUCGGGACAGCCUCUCAUCAUUCUCAGCAGCACAGGGCCCAUCCUCAUCUUUGAGAAGCUCCUCUUCGACUUCAGCAAAGGCAAUGGCCUGGACUACAUGGAGUUCCGCCUCUGGAUUGGCCUACACUCAGCUGUCCAGUGCCUUAUCCUAGUGGCCACAGAUGCCAGCUUCAUCAUCAAAUAUAUCACCCGCUUCACCGAGGAGGGCUUCUCAACCCUCAUCAGCUUCAUCUUCAUCUAUGAUGCCAUCAAGAAGAUGAUCGGUGCCUUCAAGUAUUACCCUAUCAAUAUGGACUUCAAGCCGAACUUCAUCACCACCUACAAGUGCGAGUGCGUCGCCCCUGACACAGUGAAUACAACCGUGUUCAAUGCUUCAGCCCCACUGGCACCAGACACCAACGCUUCUCUGUACAACCCCCUUAACCUCACAGUGUUGGACUGGUCCCUGCUGAGCAAGAAGGAGUGUCUGAGCUACGGUGGGCGCCUGCUUGGGAAUUCCUGCAAGUUUAUCCCAGACCUGGCGCUCAUGUCCUUCAUCCUUUUCUUUGGGACAUAUUCCAUGACCCUGACCCUGAAGAAGUUCAAAUUCAGCCGCUAUUUUCCUACCAAGGUCCGGGCCCUGGUGGCUGACUUUUCCAUUGUUUUCUCCAUCCUGAUGUUCUGUGGAAUCGAUGCCUGUUUUGGCCUGGAAACCCCCAAGCUGCAUGUGCCCAGUGUCAUCAAGCCCACACGGCCUGACCGAGGCUGGUUCGUGGCCCCCUUUGGGAAGAACCCGUGGUGGGUGUACCCAGCAAGCAUCCUGCCCGCCCUGCUGGUGACCAUCCUGAUCUUCAUGGACCAGCAGAUCACUGCCGUCAUUGUCAACCGGAAGGAGAACAAACUGAAGAAGGCUGCUGGCUACCAUCUGGACCUGUUCUGGGUGGGCAUCCUCAUGGCCUUGUGCUCCUUUAUGGGGCUUCCCUGGUACGUGGCUGCCACAGUCAUCUCCAUCGCCCACAUCGACAGCCUCAAGAUGGAGACAGAGACCAGCGCACCUGGGGAGCAGCCCCAGUUCCUAGGAGUCAGGGAACAGAGAGUGACCGGCAUCAUCGUCUUCAUCCUGACGGGAAUCUCGGUCUUCCUGGCUCCCAUCCUAAAGUGCAUCCCCCUGCCGGUGCUGUAUGGAGUCUUCCUCUACAUGGGCGUGGCCUCCCUGAAUGGCAUCCAGUUCUGGGAACGCUGCAAGCUCUUCCUGAUGCCAGCCAAGCACCAGCCGGACCACGCCUUCCUGAGGCACGUGCCGCUGCGCCGGAUCCACCUCUUCACCCUGGUGCAGAUCCUCUGCCUGGCGGUGCUCUGGAUCCUCAAAUCCACGGUGGCUGCCAUCAUCUUCCCGGUCAUGAUCCUGGGCCUCAUCAUCGUUCGAAGGCUUCUGGAUUUCAUCUUUUCCCAGCACGACCUGGCCUGGAUUGACAACAUCCUCCCAGAGAAGGAAAAAAAGGAGACAGACAAGAAGAGGAAGAGAAAGAAAGGGGCCCACGAGGACUGUGAUGAGGAGGAAAAAGAUCUUCCAGUUGGAGUUACUCACUCUGAUUCUUCCUUCAGUGACACAGAACUUGAUCGAAGCAUCACCUUGCACUUCAAAAUCUCCUGUCCAGCUUCACCUGCUUUCAACUACUCACGGAACCCAGUGUUCAUGGUGCCACAGGUGAAGAUAGAGAUGGAGUCAGACUAUGACUUCACAGACAUGGACAAAUACCGAAGAGAAACUGACAGCGAGACCACCCUCUAGGAUGAAGCAGCUUCUCCCAGAUGGGAGAGCCUGGCUUAGUCUUCAUUGGGAGGGUCUUAACUUCUCUGUGCCUGUUUCCUUCUUUAUCAAACAGAGGGAGUCCUUCUGCCUAAUAGAAAACUGGAGAUCUGUUGAUGAAAAGUACUGCUUAGAUGCAAAGCUCUCCCCUUCCUUUCGUAGUAAUUAAAAUACCUAAAGCUAAAUAUUAUAUUUUAUUUUAAAAUGCAGUCCAGCAUAGAAAUUCUAACAUUUCUUUGGAAAUAAAAAAAAUGCUUGCUUCCCCAAAUCAUAGGUAAGAUAAAAGGGCAAUAGUCAAUUCAUAUUUAAAACAAAUACCAAUUUAAAAUUGUUUAAAGGUUAGAUUUAAAUACAGACGUUCUCAAAUGAACUCGUAAUAUACUCUUAUGUCACUAGACCAUCUUUGGAGUAUUUGGCAAUUCUGCAUAUUAAGAAAUGCUGAAAAGGUCCUAUCUUUUCUCCCUGUCACAUCCAAUUUCCCAAGGGUUAUAUGAAAAGUUUGAACCAGGCCGGGCGCGGUGGCUCAAGCCUGUAAUCCCAGCACUUUGGGAGGCCGAGACGGGCGGAUCACGAGGUCAGGAGAUCGAGAUCAUCCUGGCGAACACGGUGAAA